AUGGCCACCGCUCAACCCCUCUCCCAGCAAUCCCCUCCUCUGCUCCCCAGACCGCAAAACCUUGGAGUUCCCUUGCCGCGCCCCUUCCCGAUGCACCUGCAGCCUCAUCGACUGUCUACCGGCAUGCAACAAGACCCAGUCAUCAUCAGUAGCUAUAGCAAUAGCGUGCCCGGCCAGGAAGCUCAUCACAUGGUUGCAGCCGCUGCACAGCCCGUCGGCGACCAACAGGAAAACGAGGAGGAGGAUGAAGAACUCAAUUCGGAAAACUGUGAUACCGAUGAUGCUGAGGACGAGGACGACCACGGCCACCUUGAUCGCACAAUGACAGGCUCCAUCACCUCCGACAGUGAUGAUGAAAGCAUGGGCGUCGGAAACAUACCCGCCGAAUGGCAUGAUGCUGGAGAUGGGGACGAGCAACACGAGCCUGACAGCCCCGUUUCGUUUAUUGGAGACCGCCCAUUCCGCUAUACAAUAAACUCAUCCGGUUGGCGAGCCUACACAAACCAGCUUCCCCGGGAUAGACCUGCCCCUGCUUUCGAAGCCGAGUCCUCCCAUGCCAACCAUCCACAGAUCGCAGCGGAUGAAGACAUCGAAAUGGAAGAGCAAGACAACGGGCAUGUCUCCCCUCACUUACCCGUCGUCGGCCCUUCUCAUCGUCUCCCAGCAGUGACCGGAGCCAUAGAAGAGAAUAGAAUGGGUUCUCAACCAAACGUUCAUCUCUCGCGUUCCCUUUCCGUUGCUUCCCCGCUCUCCUCACCACGCGCUCCUGACCCGAUCCUCUCUCCCUGGUCCGUCCACCACAUCGACCAACUGGACGACCGAGACCCUAGCGUUAUACUCGACGAGAUGGAGCAGGAGCUAGAAGCCGACUUCGCCAAACUAGAUCAAGAGGUCGCGGAACUCAGUCAGGGCCUCGUUGCUGAGACCGAGAAGAUUACAGAAAUCCAACGUCAGAUCGACGAACGGCGUGCGCGAGUGGCUCAAACGGUUGAGUUCGCUAGACACGUGGGAAAGCUUCGUGCGCGAUUGAGGAAUUUAAACGAUGAGCUUUUGGGCGAAUGA